AUGUCUCGAUUAUCAGAUGAACGAUUCCAAUUUCUGCAAGAUGAUCUGCAUGAAAAGACCCUUUGCUGUAAAUACAAGCAGGCGAAGAAUGGCAUCACCGAAAGUGAAAAGGCUUUCGACAGACUCGAUGAAGCAGCACCCAGCGAUUCAAAGACGGAAUGGUUAGCCAGCGAGAGGAUCGCUCAGUCCAGCAGAAUAAAUGAUCCUGCGGCUAUGGAUGUAUAUGAGAUUAAUAUCAAGAAGGCACCGAGCAAAAAGGAGAUUGAGCUUAGACUACUAGAGGAGGGUGAUGCCCGAAAUGCAGCACCUGCUCGCAGAUCUGUGGCAACAUGGAUAUCAAUUGGGUUGGAGAUUGAAGAGGCUCAAAUCGCAUUGCUCAUCGAGGUCCGAAGAAUUGGUAGAAGAACUACCGAGACACAGAGGUUAGACAUAGCCCGGCAAUGUGAUUGUCUCCAAGGCCAGAUAGAUGGAUUCACUCGGUCUGCUAUUACUCAUCUUGGAGAGGGAUUUGAUGCAGAUGAUGAUCCUGAUGACUUGAAUGUAGACAUUCUCGAUGAUCUCGAUGAUGACUUGGCAGACUUCACCGAGACAUCUGACACAUGGGUGAACUCCCCCGAGCUCACUGUCAUCCCAUUGCCAUCAAACCUCGGAGUAGAUCGAUGCAGACGCUGCAUGGCAGAGGAUCUCAUUACGCUGGAGAUGUCUCUUCGUGAAGGGCAGGCCAAUGACUCCCUUCACAACCUCCAAAUUCACUUGUGCAACAAGGCAAUUCUGUUCUGA